GCGGCGGUGUGUCUUCGCACCGGCAGCAGCUCCGUCUGGAAGGUCAAACACAUCAUGGCAGCGAAGAAAGUCUGUGUGGUCGGCUCUGGUAACUGGGGCUCUGCCAUUGCCAAGAUUGUGGGUGCCAAUGCAGCCAAGUAUGACCGCUUUGACACCACAGUUAACAUGUGGGUGUUUGAAGAGACGGUGAACGGCCGCAAACUCACAGACAUCAUCAACACAGACCAUGAAAAUGUGAAAUAUCUGCCCGGCCACAAGCUGCCCCCCAACGUGGUGGCUGUUCCAGACUUGGCUGAGUCUGUGAAAGGAGCCGACAUCCUGAUCUUCGUGGUCCCCCACCAGUUCAUCAUUAGAGUGUGUGACACCAUUAAAGACCACAUCAAGAAGGACGCUGUAGGGAUGUCUCUCAUCAAGGGUGUCGAUGCGGGUCCAGAGGGUCUGAAGCUGAUCUCACAGGUCAUUCGAGCAAAGCUGGGCAUUACCACGACAGUGCUCAUGGGAGCAAACAUCGCUAAUGAGGUCGCUGAGGAGAAGUUCUGUGAAACAACAAUCGGGUGCAAAGACAAAGCUCAUGGGCCUAUGCUGAAGGAGCUGAUGCAGACCACCAACUUUCGUGUGACUGUGGUGGAGGAAUCUGAUGUUGUGGAGAUCUGCGGGGCGCUCAAGAACAUCGUAGCAGUGGGAGCAGGUUUCUGUGAUGGCCUGGGAUUCGGCGACAACACCAAGGCAGCUGUGAUUCGUCUCGGCCUGAUGGAGAUGAUCGCCUUCGCCAAGGUCUUCUGCUCAGACGGCCCUGUCUCCCCCUCCACCUUCCUGGAGAGCUGCGGCAUCGCUGACCUCAUCACUACCUGCUACGGUGGACGCAACCGCAAGAUUGGGGAGGCUUUCGCCAAAACGGGCAAAACCAUUGAGCAGUUAGAGAAUGAGCUGCUGAACGGUCAGAAGCUUCAGGGUCCAGCGACUGCAUCUGAGGUCCACGUCAUCUUGAAACAGAAGAACAUGGCGGAAAAGUUUCCUCUUUUCACUGCUGUUCACCAGAUCUGCUUCAACGGACACCCAGUCACAGAGUUCAUCAGCUGCUUGCAGAACCACCCAGAACACAUGUGAGCGACUGAUGAACGGGAAGAAGCUGGGAAAGGACUUUUACACCAGAAUAACUGUAUAACUGAGGUGAUUUUAGCGAGAAAAGGAUAGGUAAAGACUUUGCUUAUCCCUGACUACUGUCAUGUUUGAAUCUCAAAAAGAAAAGAAAAAAAGUGGAGCAGAGUUGCCUUGUUCACCUGAGCUGCUGUGUUUAACCUGCUUCGGUAACAUUACUGACAGGAGUGUAACUUCUGCUGCCACCUCCGUUUUAUCUGAUUAGAAACAUACACACAUAAAUCCACCAAGUCUUAAAAGUCUAAGAAUUUACUUACACAAUACUCAAACCCCUGAAUGUUAUGAAAUGUUACAUAAUUUCUGCCUCAAUGUGCCUUUUCACCGACAGUGCUUUGUUUUCAAGGGUAAACAAAGCGCUGAACACACAACAGUCGACACUCCCACUGUGUUGUUUUUCUUCUGGACUUUCUUUAAUGAUUUAUUUUGGAAUAAAUUAUUGACUUUG